GCACAACUGGAAUAGAGAACGAAGGAGAGGAUAUAUUGAACCAAGAGGAGGAUCUGCUAAGCGAAGGAGGCAACCCUAGUACAUCGGGCGAAGGGGAUGGUAUAUUAUCAAGAGAAGAUCGGGGGAGUCCAUCUUCCACCGAAGACGAGGGAGGCAACACCGAUCCAACCCAGUGGUGCUCCCCGUGCACCCCAGGUCCCGAUUCCCGCUACAAAACAUCAAGCCGAAAUCUCUCGGCCUGUAUCGAAACUCCCGGGUACCCUCGUACCACAUUUCAUCGACGCGAUUACAAUUUCAGAUGAUCUGAGCGACAUCACGAAGGUUGAAGAAAGGCAGCUCCUUGCUUUGCGAGAUCGUAAAGCGAACCAGUCGCUCUCUCUCGUACAAUAUAGAAUGAUCCAGAGGAAUAUGGAGGAGUCGGCUAGAAAGGCCGCGUGGGGGGAGAGGAGGAUAGAGAGUCAAAAGCGGUUCGAAAGCCUCCUGGAGACGGAGGUCGCGGCCAUUAACAUGACAGCUGCCACGACAAUAAUGCCCCCUGGUGGGCCUUCAGAUUUAUCUAACGGACAGUCGUCCUCGCGGAAACGACCACUCACGGCCGGUCUAUCCGUGCUUGGAGAAAUGGGCGCUGAUGUUCUCAAUAUGGACGUAACGGAGCUGCAAAGCUUCAUACAGCGCUUGGAAGACCGAGCCCGGCAGAUGGGUGCUUCAGAGUCAAAACACCAGCUUUCCUACAGACACCAAGUUCUUUACCGGAUCUUGGAAAACAAGUGCGUCGAUGAUAAAUCAAGGCAAGGCAGCGACUUGAAACGACGAACGGUGCUGUCGCCGUCUUUCUUUGACCCUCCUCAAUGGGUUGGAGGGCAAGGAAAGACCGGCACGCUGAGGUGUCAAAUCCCCUUGCAGAAUUUCGACUUGUUCCUGGAAAAGAACAAGGACAUAUCCUUCUUCGUGUAUCGGACGUACGUCGUACCCGAGAUCUCGGCGCAAAACCAUCGCCAGAUUACCCGCUCAGGUGAGACGGAGGACAUUCCCGAUAUCACCAUCAACGAAUCCAUUCAACCAAUCACCGACGAUCUUGUGCAUGCCAUAAACGCGCUGCUGGAGUCACGAGAGGACUAUGGAGACCUGCACCAAGAGUUCCAGCAAACAUCUGAGCUCCGAGCCCCGUAUUUGUUCAUUUAUCAUCGCCGCCAAGAGCCGGAUGCGGUCUUGGGAGGUCUGGAUUCGUCAGCAAAGGAGCAGAUGAUGCUCUUCUGGAACUAUGUGAUGGAAAGGUACGGCGAUGACUACGCAGCCGCAGACGCCCUCAUAUCUCAAGGGAAAAUCACAUCAAAUUACGUCAAGUACCUAUUCAAGCCUGGCGACGUUAUCAUUCAGAAGUCCAACGAUCAACACCUGGGUUGGAUUGCCAAAUCAUGGGCAUCGCCUAUCCGCAUCUACGCAACGUCGCGCAGAAAGGCGGAGAUGGCCAGAAAGGGUGCAGCAAUCCCUCUCUACGGCUCGAAAGAAAGUUCGAAACUCAUGGCCACUGAUAAGGUGAUGAUGCAGGAUUGGGAGGUCAGUGCCUGGCAAUGGGACUUUGAUGGACAUUUCCAGCGCCGGGAUGGGAAUCUGUUAUUCUCCACACAAAUCGGGGAGAGUUCUAUGCGGAAUGGGUCCGAUGUCAAGGACAAGUCUGCUUCCAAGACCAAGGACGAUGCUGGCGAAGUUAUCGCCAUCGAUGAGCUCAAUGUGUUUCCCAUUCAGCACGCUCCCGCCGAAGUUGUGGCGAAGCUUCGACGGCGAGGUCAGGUUUUCUGGAAAUGCCGGAAUCGGGCCUUUGUUUCAUAUCGAGAGAGUGACGAGGACAGUGAUGAAAAUCUUGUGGACGAACGCUACGUGGUUGAUCUCCAGACUUAUCGAAGCCUUCACAAAGACAAUCUCCAUGACGGAACAAGGUCGAGGAAUGGUCUAGCCGACGAGCUUGGUCCCGAGGCGAUGGCCAGAGGCGAGCCGCCGGACGACCAAUUUGAGCUCCUGUUGCCAGCCACAAUCAAGGGCUUCAACUUGCGGAGGAAGAAAUGGUAUGACCUUGUUGCCGAAAGGGUUACUGAUGUCAAAUGGAACAAGGAGGCAUUCUCCAAGGUGGUUAUGGACCACAAGGCUAAGGACCUCAUCAGGGCGCUCGUCAGUAACCAACUGGAGGCCGAGCAAGGCACCGACCUGAUCGAAGGAAAGGGCAAUGGGCUCAUCCUCCUGCUUCACGGUAGCCCAGGGACUGGGAAAACCCUGACAGCAGAAAGUGUCGCCGAAAUCGCGGAGAAGCCUCUGUACCGAGUUACCUGCGGUGACGUGGGCACGAAGGCCGAAGACGUCGAGACAUAUCUCGAGUCUGUUCUACACUUGGGCAAACUCUGGGGUUGCGUUGUGUUGCUAGAUGAGGCGGAUGUUUUUCUCGAGCAACGCAGCCUUGAGGACCUCCAGCGGAACGCCCUCGUUUCUGUAUUCCUCCGAGUACUCGAAUACUACGAAGGAAUACUUAUACUAACAAGUAACCGAGUCGGCAUCUUUGACGAGGCCUUCAAAUCCAGGAUCCAACUGGCCCUGCAUUAUCCUACCCUGGGCCCGUACCAGCGUUUGCGUAUCUGGGAGAACUUCCUGGACAGACUGGAGAAGUUCGAGGACGAUUCUGUGGAUAUUGCCGACCUUCGCGAUCACUUGGAUGAUCUAAAGAGAGAAGAGAUGAACGGCAGGCAGAUCAGGAAUGCAAUCACCACGGCAAGGCAAUACUCGAAGUGGAAAGAGCAAACUUUGACGUACGCUCACCUGAAGGACGUCAUUGAGGUAUCCGGGCUGUUCGACAAGUAUCUCAACAAGCUCCAUGGGGGGUUCACGCAGGAUCAACUAGCCGAAGACGAGGGGCUGAGGCUUGGAUGAGGUGUGUGUGCUUCCUCAAUAUGCUUCAGUCAUCACACCAUGCAAGAGUCUAAUUAGUUGAAAGCUCCAAGGUUUAAAUAGUUAAUAGACUGCUUCGGCUCCGGGUAAAGAGUAAUUUGAGAACCUUAACCAACUCUACCGGCUCUACAGCCACUUCUCUUGGGGGGAUGCCUCCCGAGGAACAGUGAGGCAUUAUGGUUUCUAACCUCAUGGUGCCACACCUCGGAGAAACAGCCGACGAGAUACUUGCCACAGCUUCAUCGUUUGCCACUUGAAGGGGUCAACCAACCCAACCCAAACCGGAA